CCAAUGCUGAAAAGGAAGCAGAUACAUAGAGAACCACAAAGCAGAUGCUUUUCUAUAUUUCCGUGUGUCACCGGCCACUGGCCAUGCCACGGAUCCUAGGAAGGACCGUGAGGCCGGGUUCUCCAACCACACCUGUCUUUUUGACCAUAGCAAGGAACUGGGCCCGAGGCCGGCCAGCCGCUCAGUCGUCCACCUACCCCCAGUGGGGCACGGUCUACAGCCGGGCCGAGAGCGCCGUGGACGGGCAUCGGGACGGGGACUGGAGCCACGGCUCCUGCAGCCACACGACGAGGGAGAGGGAGCCGUGGUGGAGGGUGGACCUGGGCGCCCGCUACGCCGUCACGGCCGUGGUGGUGAAGAACCGGCAGGAUUGCUGCUCCGAGAGGAUCCGAGGGGCUCAGAUCCAUGUUGGAGACUCCCUGGCCAACCACGGGAGGUGCAACUCUGUCUGUGGGACCAUCACCAACGGCAGUGCCGGAUCCCUGAGCAUCGUCUGCUGCGAGAGACGUAAAGGCCGCUACGUGAGCGUCCUCAUUCCUGGCCGGGAGGAGUCCCUGACCCUGUGUGAGCUGGAGGUGUAUGGCUCUGAGCUGAGGGAUGAGUGCUAGAGACCAACACGACAGAAGAUGAGAGGAAUAUUAUGAAGCACACCCGGAGAAACAGAUGGCCAUGAUAUUCUUGGAUGCAGAGAAAGCCUUUGAUAAUCUUGAUUGGAAUUUUCUGAUAUAUACGUUGGAAACACUGCAAGUUGGAGAAAGAUUUAUGAAAUUAAUUAUAGCAAUAUAUACUGAACAAAAGGCAAAAGUGAGAAUUAACGGCGAGUUAUCAAAAGAAAUCCAAAUACAGAAAGGUACUAGACAGGGGUGUCCACUGUCCCCACUCCUAUUUAUUUUGACUCUAGAAAUACUAAAUGAACAAAUUAGAGAU